UUCGCAUCAAAACAUCUUUACAUCAUCGGUUGACACUGUUUCUUCAUCCAAAUUUAUGGAAUAUCACCGAUUUAUGGUGUCCAAAUUGUGAUCAAGUGAAGUUCUAGUUGACAAUUUAAACGUUUUUUUUUGUUCAUAAGUUAGGUGUGAAAGAUACCUAUAAUUUCAAAAUAAAAACCAAAAAAUUGAACAGUGAUAAUCAAAAAUCUAGCUAUUGAAAUGGAUUUUUCUGGAUCUAACUCAAUAAAUAUGAAGCCGUUUAUGGGAUAUCCAUUUCAAGCUUUAUUUUAGGUGUUUGAACAUUUAAUCGACUUCUGGAUGAUAAACAUUUGACACUCUGGGCAAAUUUCGUAGAGAUGACAAUCGUAAAAUCUUUAUAUUUUCAAAAUAUUAUUUGGAGCGACAUAAUUAGAAUGCAAUAAAAGAAAUGAAGGAGAACGAUAUUGCACCAUAGAUAUAUGGAUCAUCAAUAAGUCAGGGUCGUGUCAAUCAGCUAGGAGGUGUUUUCAUAAAUGGUCGCCCGUUGCCAAAUCAUACGCGAUUAAAAAUCGUUGAAAUGGCUGCUUCUGGAGUUCGGCCCUGUGUCAUAUCACGACAGCUUCGCGUAUCUCAUGGCUGUGUAUCAAAAAUUCUAAAUCGAUAUCAAGAAACGGGAUCGAUUCGACCGGGUGUCAUCGGUGGAUCAAAGCCAAAGGUGGCUACGCCUGAAAUCGAAUCACGUAUCGAAGAUCUCAAGAAAAUGAAUCCAAACAUAUUCAGCAAUGAAAUUCGCGAAAAGUUAAUUAAGGUGAGUGAAGGUGUUACGGAUCCGCCAAGCGUGUCAUCAAUAAAUCGACUAUUGCGUGGCUCUGAUCGACGUGACGAUGACGGAAGGAAGGAUUAUAGCAUCCAUGGCAUAUUGGGCGGUCGUAGUUCAGAUUCAUCAAGCGAUACGGAAUCGGAGCCGGGCAUUCCAUUAAAACGGAAGCAAAGACGAUCACGUACCACAUUCACUGGUGAACAAUUAGAUGCUUUGGAGCGUUCAUUUAGUCGCACUCAUUACCCGGAUGUGUACACACGCGAAGAGUUGGCUCAAUCUACUGGCCUCACUGAGGCCAGAAUUCAGGUCUGGUUCAGUAAUCGUCGUGCACGAUUGCGUAAGCACACGGGUUCCAAUAAUAUAUCAAACAUGGCACCACCAAUGUCAGCUCUAUCAAUGCCACAAUAUUCGGCGAAUUUAAGUAAUCCAAAUCAAACGGAUGUACAUCAAAUACCAACACAUUAUGAUCAUUUGGUGCAACAAUCACAGCACACUGGAUACGGAGCCAGUUUUCAUCACAAUACCGGCUUAAUGCCACAAAAUUAUUCCGGAUCAGUUCAUUUUCAACCAUCGCUCGAUUAUGGAACGAGCUUGAAAAAUGAAGACUACAAAUAUCCAACCGAUCAAAUAAAAAUGUCAACAUCAACACCACCGCCACCACAACAAACGGCCGUUUCACUUCCAGCCCAACCAUCGUCCACAUUGCCAACGGCAAUCAAAUCAUAUACCGAACAUAUGUCCGAGUCAAAUUGGAAUCAAAUGUAUGGACAUCAAGUAUACGGUCCACCAAAUGAAUACAGUCAAAUGCAACAGAAUUACACAAAUCCAAAUGCAAAAUAUUGGUCAUGAAUCGAUGAAAAAUUCAAUGGGUGACAGAAACCAUCCAAUAAAAGUAUAAGAAUUGUUUAUGAUUCAUGAAACCAGAUCAUAUUCUUUUAUUCUACGACGUCUCGUAUCUACCAAUUGCCGUUCAUUUCCAGUUGAGAUGAAAGUUAAUCGAAGCAAUUAAUCAUACCAAAAUAUAGAUUUUUAGAAAGAAAAACAAUGUUAUCUAAAAGUGAAUAAUAUUAAGACUUUUGGCUCAAAUGUUCUUAACUUUCGGUAGUAUUAACAAUUUAAAAUGAAAAGAUUUAGAAAUAUUAUAGGAUGUAAUAUUAUUUUCAGAGAAACAAACAUUUCUUUGCAUUUCUCAUAUUAAAUCACAUUGUUUAUGUUUAACAAUCGAUUUGAGACAAAGUAUGAGUGAGCGAUUGAAUUUAAACAACACAAGAAUUUCACUAUUUUAAAUGCGAUGUUCAGUAAUAUUCGAAGUAUAUUAGAAGUCUCUCAUUUGUAUCACAAUGAAGAGAGAGAAUAGAUAUUUAUGAUUUAAUUGUAUUAGUUUCAAGUAACAGUACUAAGAUAGAAUUUGAUGAAUUAUUGCACACGAAUAGUGUAAUGAAUAAUAUUAUGAUCAACUUAAGCGUUAGUAGAAAAAAAAGUAAUAACUAAAACUUCACUUUGUAGAGCACAGAAAACUAAGUGAAAUACAAAAAUACGGUUUUGAAAAACCAAAAAUGACAUUAAUUUACCUUAUACCUUCAUCAUCGAUUCAAACUACUAUUUAUUCACUGCGCGAAAAAAGUGUUUCUUUAGGAACUGGCUAGAUUGUUUUUGGUAUUCCUUCGGUUCUUUUUUUAUAGAAAAAAAAUUACAAGAAAAACUCAUAUAUUUGGCACUGAAAUUUAUCAUUAGCAAUCAUUUGCACCAAUAUUAAUUAGGAUAAGAUUAAGUUAACAAAAUAUUAAAAUAUGAGAAGAAACCAAAUGAAAAUUACGUGAACUGGCCGUUUUUCCAUCCAAUAAAUAUUAUGCACGCGAUUUGUAUCAAUUUUAGAAAAAUCACCUGUGAAAAGACCUGCCUUAAACCCUUUUAAUCAUCUUCAUAAUAUGCUUCAAUCGUUUCAUAUAUUCAUUUUUGAUAUAGAAUAUUUUGCUAAAUACUUUUGAACAAUAACAAUGAAAAGAGAAAUGAAAACAUAUCAAAAACGCACAAAACAAAGAAUAAAAUGAACACCCAAUUUAAUUAAAACGAAUCAACCGCAAGAGAGAAAUGUAAACGGCAAGCUUUAAAAUUAAUUAUUAAUUAUGCUUAAUGCCUUGCAUAUACAAAUGCAGCUCAAACAACAUGUGUGUCUUAAAAGGAAAAAAACGUUCAAAUGAAUCAAAUUAAGAAAUAUUACA